ACCGAUGGCAACGGUUUGUCCCUAAUAGUUAUGUGUUAGCCUCGUAAUUCUAAAAGAAAACACCCGGAAGAGUAGGCUUACCUGGUCACGAAGAGUGAAUCGUCCCAUCUGGUUGUAGUCCUCAAAGCGCUCAACACACACGGCACCAGCGGUACUGGUGACAUCGAGACGAGCAAUGAUGGUCUGACCCUUGCUGGCGAACGGAGGGGGACGCUUGCUCUUACGUCCGGUACCGGGCUCACACUUGUGCAGGAGGGCGCCGAAGGUAACCUCUUCAACGGCAGAGUGCACGUGCAUAACGCAGUUGUAACCGGCAGUAAGGAUACUCUUCAGGUCAAGGAUACGGAUCUUGGCUUCAAAGCUGGACACGGUGUGCACCAGACGCUUAGGCGAGCACAGCACGAAUCCAGGAAGGAUAUCUUCUUCUUCCACGCCACGGAGACGCAUGCGGACCUGGUCACCGCAGGUAGCGGUAGGAAUCUCAUCCUCGGUUUCGCCGUAAAGAGCCGCAAUCUGGAUCUCCGUGCGGUUCGGCAUCAUGAUACAGUUCGCGUUCUUCUUGAUAACACCGGACUCGAUACGGCCCUCAACCAUGGUACCCAUAUCACGGUACUUCGCCGUGAUCGGCAUCAUGAAGGGUGCGUUGAUCUUACGCUCGGGCAUCUUCAUGUUUGUCAAGUAUUCGAUGAGCGAGGGGCCAUCGUACCAGGGCGCGAGCUCCUUCGAAACACGGUCCUUGAUACCGAGGGUUCGCUGGGCGGAGAUGGGCAUGAAGGUAAGGUCGUCCUUCUUGUAGCCGAGAGCCUCAAGGAAUUUAGACACCUUGACUGUGCACUCAUCGAAACGAGCCUUGCUCCACUCGACAGUAGGGUCGUCCAUCUUGUUGACAGCAACGACCAGCUUCUUAACACCCGUGUUGCGCGCAAGCAAAGCGUGCUCACGGGUCUGACCACCCUUUUCGAAACCCGUCUCGUACUCACCCUUACGGGCCGAGAUAACAAGCACACCGACGUCGGCCUGCGAAGCACCACCGAUCAUGUGGUGAACGUAAGACUUGUGUCCGGGGGCGUCCAGAAUAGAGAAGUGUCGCUCAAUGGUUCCCUCGGGCGACGGCACGUCGACCUUGAAGUGAGCACGACCAACCUCGACAGUCUUGCCCUUAGCACGUUCCUCAUUGGUAAGAUCCAGGGCCCAUGAAAGGUACCAGGUCUCACGACCGGCUUCCUUGGCAUCCCUCUUGUACUUGUCCAGAGUGCGCUCAUCCACCAUACCGGUGACAUAGAGGAUGGAUCCACCCAGAGUAGACUUUCCAGCGUCAACGUGUCCGAUGAACACAAUGUUCACGUGCUCCUUCUUUUCACCGUAGAUUUCCUUCAAUGUCGACUCAUCCACAUCGGCCUGCUGCUCCAUCGCGACGGCGUUCGCGUCACGGGCAGCCUUUGCGGCCUCACCUCGCGACGGGCUCGACCGACCAGGGCUGGAGCGGCCCGAAGGCGUGGGAGAGGAUUUGCCGCUAGCCUUCUGUUCCGCCUUCUUCUCGGUCUUAUCAAUCGCCUUGCUGGCGGUCACCUUGUUGGCAGCGGUGGCAGCCUGGGGACCCUUGGAGUCACCAGGAGUAGCGGCCCCCGAGGAAGGAGUGUUCGAGGAAGGAGCGGGAGAGGGGGUGCCGAUCGAGAGGACCUUCGUCUUGGGGGCGGCGGGGGAGUUGCUGGCACCGCCGAUCGACAGAACCUUGGCCUUGGGAGGAGCAGCGGCGGGGGCGGCGGCGGGCUUGGGAGCGGGUUGGGCAGGCUGGGUGUUCACGGGGGCCUUUGGCUGAGGAGCGGCCGGGGCAGCCUGGCGAGGCUGCUGUUGAUUGAAACCGGGGUAUUGCUGGUAAGCACCGGGUUGCUGACCGUAGGCACCGUAUUGGCCAUAGGCUUGCUGCUGGUCAUAGCCCUGGUAUUGGCCGUAGGCCUGCUGGCCGUACUGCUGGCCGUAUUGGGGGAAACCGCCAUACCCGCCGUAGGACUGGCCGGGGACGAAAGUAGCGGCACCAGGCUGGAAGGAAGCAGCGCCGGGGUGGAAGGUAGGCGCUUGAGCCUGAGGGCGAUAUUGUGCGUUCUGAUUCAGGUUAACGCCCUCGGUCUGUCUGGAGAGUUCAUCCUCCCACGAGUCAGGAGUCUGGUCGGCCAUGUUGUAAGAGAAACACGUAAGCACGCGAACAAAGCAGGACAACUAAUGAAGGACGAGGGCCAAAGGAAAGAAAGAGGGAAGGAGGAGAGAAAUAAAGAACAGGCCGGCUUGAAAGUCGGCGGCGGAGGGGCGCUUCGAUUCUUUGCGCCUGAUUUUGCACCCGCUGACUCAGCCCUUCCCCGCCUUGGGCGUCUGUGGCGUCUCGGGCGGCUGACCCUCCUUUUUGCACUGUUUGCUUGUCAUGCAGCGGCGCUUUUUGUCUGUCCUGUAUCUACAAGACCGCAGUAAACAGUCCAUCUCUCUUUCUCUUUGUCUCUUCCAGCUUGGAUUGCGGCGAGUGCACAACCUCCGGGACUCAAUUUCAUCGUCUCUUGCACAUGGGCUUCUUCUGCGUCCGCCAGCCACGGUGGGUGGCACGUUAUCGAUAAGAAUCAGGCACCGCACUGUUUCAGCGCACUCGGAUUCUCUGCUCUUCUGCUGCCCAAACAUCCUGGUAUUGAUUGCGGUGGCAAGAUGGAUGCCUUUCUAGCCCGACUGACCCAGCAGGCAACGAAUUAUGCCAUCCGCUCGGGAAUUGCUAUAACCGCCAAGUAUGCUAUCAGCCAAUCUGGACGUUUAUUGAAAAAUGUGGACAACAGCGAGGAGAAAGAUGAGUUGCACACUUUGCAGCAGCGACUUGAGAGCAAGAUUCAGGUCAUUUCCCCCGCCAUUGACAUGAUCGAGCUGAUUGCUGCGCGUGGAAACACAUCUCUAGAAUCUGCUGUAUCACUUACCAAAGCUUUACGAUGGGACAUCCAAGCCCUUGGCCAACGGUUGGCGAAUGCGGCUGCAUCCGAAGAACAAUUCCGAAAAGGAAGCAAGUCUACCGCCAGUCGCACCCAAAACGAUGCGGAGAUCAAACUCAUUAUCAAGGAUAUCAGGAAGCUCCUGAUACGAAUUGAGGAUGCAGUGCCGCUCAUGAAUUUGGCUAUCACCACCUCUGGGGCUAAGCUAUCAACUAACCUACCAUCAUCCAUCUCGCCGUCCAGACUACUACAAGCUAGCACUUUCCUUACUGCUGGUGACACGCAGUAUUCAAUGUCUCCUUCACAGGCCGUUCAGAUCGGGCCCACCUUCACGCUGUCAGUGUACAUGCUUUAUGCGAGUCAUCUUCGACCUCAUGACGAAGAGGGGAUUCGUGAAACGACCUGGAAGGAGGUCAUGCACAAAGCCCGCCUAAAGCUCCGACGAGUGCCUAUGGAUUUGGCCACCAACCCACAGGCCGCACAAAAACGUCUUCUAUACCCCGCCGAGGCCAGGAUAGAUGAAUUCGCCUAUCAGUUACUCAUAAUCGAAGACUUGGACGACGGACGAGUUCACACGUUCGAUGACGACGAGCCUCGCCCAGAGAGCUACGAAGACGUCAGGUCUGCCGGAAUCCGAGAAAUACUUCCUAUCCACCAAAUAUCCAAGAUAUUCUAUGCCGACACGGGAAAGAUCUUGAAUAUCAGCACGGAAGGCGAAACGAACAACCCCGUGUUACUUCUAAAGCGGGACGUCAACGCUAUCCCUCCCCGACGGAUGGUGGAGCGCGAAGAGACCGCCUACGGCGCUCCUUCUGAUGACUCCGAUACCGAAGAAGGAGAUGAGGAUCAAGCGCAACUAGACGCCCAAUUAAAUGGAGCAUCUGCCCCUUCCAUGAACGCCAGCUUCCACGAGACCUCUGUGCCCGAUGAAUGGCGAUUACCCAAGGAUCUCGACCCCGAAUGGAUCGCCUUCGAAGUAUACAACGAAGACGAAUCAUCCGACGACGAUUCCGAUGAUGAAACUCCCAGAACGCCCGCCAAAGAGUCAUCAACCACUCUCGACCCGGAAAUGAUGGCCAAACUCUCCCUCGACCCCAGCAGCGGCAAAUCAAGUCCCCAACACCAAGGCAUCUCCCGCCCUUCCUCCUCGUCCCAAAACAUCGCCACAGCCACUGUCUCUAACCCCCACUUCAACAACAUCCGCACCUCCCUCUCCCUCCUCGAGACCCUCCUCCGCCUGAUGUCCCUGCAGCAAUUCCAACAGCAAUCGCACCUCUCCAUCAGCGACGAACUCCUGAACUUCUUCCUCGAAGAGUCCGCAACCACCGGCGCUGGCGGCGACGAACAACACCGACAACGUCUUCGCGCUGACGCCCGUCGCAGAGUCGGCUGGGACCCCUAUGAUGAAAGCCCCCUCAAACGACGCGGCGAGGACUACCAGUACACCUGGGCCCCGGAUGGCACGCCGACGGGAUACCCGCGCGAUGGACCUGAUUAUCCCUACUCGCCUAGUGACCGUAUGCGGGGGUUCCAUCUCCGCUCUAGGGAGAAUACGCCGGAGACGCCGUUGCGGUCGCGACGCUCUACUCCGGCGCGGCCGGAUGUGCGUCAGCCGAGUUCGCUGCGUAGUUCGUCGGUUCGUGCAGAGGAAGCGGAGGACCGGUGAUUGCUGGCGUGCUACCGGCUUGCUAAGGACACUGGGUGGAAUGAACACAAAAGCAUAGAUUUUAAUGGACGUGUCAUGAAUGAAGUUAUGUGCGCGCACGCAUCUCAAUAGAAACAGGUGAGUUUGUAAGUUAUGCGACGAAUUAGCGGUAUCGUUAAAUGAUUCAAAUUAGAGUAUGUUCAUG